AUGGCCUUAACUAAUUACAAAUAUCUUUUGCCAAUUUUACAAAAUCACCUGACCCUGUGCAUACAUCGUAAGGACGCCUCCCAGGGCCUUGGAAGGGGUUCCACUGGGGAGGGCUCCGGAAACUUAACCGUCUCACAGAAAGUCAGUCUCUGCCUAGAGCAGAAAUCAUUUACCUUCGGGGCCAGAGACCUAAUUCUAUCACAGGAAGGGGAUUCGGCUGUUCGCAGAGCGGGGCUGAAGAUCAGGGCCAGAGAACUUGGAUCUCAACUGAAGCACAGUAUUCCGGUUACUGAACUUUCAGCAACUGGACCUCUUGAAAAUCAUGAUCUUCUUCAGAGAGGUUUUUCUUGUGUGAAAGAUGAACUUUUGCCCAGUCAUCCUCUUGAAUUACCAGAAAAAAAUUUCCAGCUCAACCAAGAUAAAAUGAAUUUUUCCACACUGAGAAACAUCCAGGGUCUGUUUGCUCCACUAAAAUUACAAAUGGAAUUCAAGGCAGUACAGCAGGUCCAGCGUCUUCCAUUUCUUUCAAGCACAAGCCUUUCCCUGGAUAUUUUGAGGAGUAAUAAUGAGACUACUGGAUUUGAAGAUAUUCUUAACAAUCCAUCACAGAGUGAACUAAUGGGAGAAUCACACUUGAUGGUGGAAUAUAAACUUGGUUUACUGUAA